AGUUUCAAGGUUCAAAUCAUUGCCCGAGAUAAUGGGUCUCCCCGCUCAGUAGCAAUGUUACUGUCAGCGUAAUGAUAGCAGAUGAGAACGAUAACACACCGCAGAUACUAUACCCAGCUCAUGAGGGAAAUUCUCUAAUGACUGAGAUGGUGCCCAAAGCUGUGCAGGGGAACUCUCUGGUCUCCAAGGUAAUUGCAGUGGACGCGGACUCAGGGCAGAACGCGUGGCUUUCUUAUCACAUCGUUAAAGCUACUGAUCCAGGACUUUUCACCAUCGGCACACACAGUGGAGAGAUCAGGACGCAGAGAGACAUUUCUGAAAAUGAUGGCAUGAAACAGAACCUAAUUGUGUCCGUGAAGGAUAACGGUCAGCCCCCUCUAUCAGCAACAUGCACAGUGUAUUUACUUAUUUCUGAUAAUUUAGCGGAGAUCCCCGAGCUGAAAGACAUGUCUCAGGAUACUGGAUCUAAGCUAACCACUUAUUUGAUUAUUGCGCUGGUGUCUGUUUCCACCUUCUUCCUGACUUUUAUUAUUAUUAUCCUGCCUGUGAAGUUUUGCAACAGGAGAAAGCCUAGACUUUUGUUUGAUGGUGCUGUCGCCAUUCCCAGCGCUUAUCUUCCUCCAAAUUACGCAGACGUGGACGGCACAGGAACUCUUCGCAGCGUCCGCAGUGCUUAUAAUUACGACGCAUAUUUGACCACAGGAUCGCGCACCAGUGACUUUAAAUUUGUGAGAUCUUACAAUGAUGGUACUCUUCCCGCCGAUAUGACACUCCAAAAGACGACUUCACAAGACCCGUUUGGACCAUGUGAUGACACAGAUUCCUCUCAGGUAAAAUGAAAUCCUGGCAUUUUGUCCACUUUGCAUGAUGUGACUCAGGAAUACAUCCCUCUCUCACUCGCGUUCUCUUUCUCCCAAUAUGUACCAAUAGAACGUGUGAAAAGUGACAAGUGAAAUGUUAUUGUUUUUUUGGAAAAUAUAUGUUCAUUUUGAUUUUGAUGAAGCAACAUGUCUCAAAAUGUUGACAUGUUGCUGGAGGUUUGAGAAUGAAAU